AGAGGCGGGGCGUUCCGCAACUUCCCGGCGGCUCGGGCCGGUGCCUCGGCUGCUUGGGCGGGCCGGGGCUGGGGGUUUGGCUCGGCUCGGUUCGGCCCAGCCCGGCCCGGCCCGGCCGGCAGAAUGACUGCCUUGUGCACAAUGAAAUAUUUAUGUCAAGUGACCAGAAACGAAAGCACAUAUGCAAAAAGGUUCUUUGGUACUCUUCUGACACAGACAGCACAAAAGUGGCUCUUUUCUCCAUUCUGGAUGGUGGUACCUGACCCUAGGAAGUCAGCUGUGUUUGGGCUUACUCAACCAUUGUGUACAGAUGGAAAAUCUCACGCACAACCAAAGAGUAAAGCAGCGUUUGGAAGUGUUGGGCGAAGAAUUCCCUAUCGUAUUUUGCACGUAAUCAACCAGGAUGGGCAGAGCUUAGGAAACAUGCACCGAGCAGAGGCACUCAGACUUAUGGAUCAACAUGGCCUGAAACUGGUUCUGCUUCGUGAGAACGUAGAACCUCCAGUUUACAGACUAAUGACUGGGCAGCAGAUUCACGAAGAACAGCUUAAACGUGCAGAGAAGAAAAAAGCAAGUCCAAAGCCAGGGGUGGUUCAGAAGGAGUUAUCCUUUUCUUCAGCUAUUGCCAAGAAUGACUUAGAGACCAAGACUAAACAGAUAGCACAGUGGAUUGAGAAGAGACACCAUGUUAAAGUUACCAUCCGGCAAGCAAAAGGCAGCAGUACAGACAUGUUCACGCUUUUUGAUCAGAUUUUGGAGACUGUGUCUGAGAAAGCAACUUAUCUUUCCAAGCCAAGAGUUGCUAGAGAAGGAGUGAGUACCUGUGUUUUCAGGCACAUGUCUGACAAAGAGUUGAAAGAACACCAGAAGAUGGAAAUAAAGAAAAACAAUACAGUAAAAAAAGAUGAAAAUGAAGAUCUGAAGUCAAAUGAGUUGCAUCAGUGACUUUCUGAAGCGGUGUAAACAAUAUAUAUUUAUUUAAAAAAUAAAAUUUUAAAAUAUUAA